AUGCUCGAGCAGGCGCACAUCACACAAACACAGGCUGGCCCUUCGAGACUGACACGAGAGGUAGUGCCCACCUCGGAUGACGAAGAUGUCUUCUUCGUCUCCCAGUCGUCCGACAAGAUCGGAUCUAGCCUGGACUCAGCGAGGAGCCUGAGGCAAAACUCUCGUAGCAUCCCAAAUGGUGGCGACGACGAUGACGAGGACCACGAGCUUACCCUACCUGUCCGUCACGCUUCAGCCCUUCGAUCGCAAAGCUACUCAUCCGAUCCAUCUACAGAAGUCUCUGCGCCGUUAACUGCAUUGACCACGGAUCCAACCGCAAACACCCCGAGAGAUAGAAGAGCCCCAGCAACAUCCGCUCCUUCUGUAUCGACAGCACCUCUACGGUCACGAUCAGAAUCGCCGCCUUUGCGCUCCAUCUCGGUUGAAACGGGCUGUAUAUUAAGUCAGCCAACAGGUGACGGCCGUGAUCGACCUGUAGAGCGAAACUCAACCGCAAAACAAGACGUCAGUGCACCUGAUGAAGCAGUGGACAUCACGAUUCGCCGUCAAGGUAGGUCGCGGAGAGAAUCCCAACAAAGCGAUACUACGCUAUCUCUUGCUGAGAGCCUAGUCGUAUCCCGUCAAAGUACUCCACUUUCCAAUCCGACGCUGCACUCCAAUUCUGGACUGUUUCCCGGAGAUGCUCCGCGCACCGAUGCUCCAACAACCCUGCCGAUACCCAUCAAUCUCGAAGACGAUUAUGUCUCGGGUCAUGAAGCACAAAGUUACAAGACAGGAGAAGAGCGAGACGAUCAAGCUUCUCAUCGGCUACCUACCCUUUCACCAACUCCUGAAAUUCCGUCUCUCUGCAAUUCUGGUCGUGAUGCUGCGCCACAACCGCCUCCGCCAAUACCUCACCAAGCACUUGGCACUGCAUCACAUUUCAAUGAUAAUCCCAUUAUCGAGGACGAACGCAUAGCCAGAGCUGCUGCUGCCCAACCUCCCACGCCACCUCGACGGCAACUCCGAGCUCGCAAUGCGGCCCAGCUCAAUCCUUAUACGCUAGAAGCUAUACGCUACCAACGAGCUUUGAUUCGCAACGACUGGCAAGACGCCGUUGUGAGCCAGAGGGAAUGGCAUCGCCAAGAGCGCAAAAGACUUACCGAAGAGGCUGCUCGCGCCCAACGCGAGGUCCAAGGAGCUCACGGCUUAGAGGAGUCACAGAGUCAGUGGCUAAUUCCCAGUUCCGAACCUAAUUCUCCAGCUGACCACGAGCAGCUUUCCGCGCUAUCUUCGCCGCCUGUCUCAGUAUUGCCACGAGUGGCGGCAGAGGUCUCGGCACUCGAGAUUGACUCCAUCAGCCCGCGUGGAAAUGCUCGUCAGUCAUCUCCUUCGCCAUCGCAAAGCGACCGACUGCCCGAGCUGGCAGAGAUGUUGGCGAAAAAAUCAAAGAGCGCCUCAAGACAAACAGAUCUCGAUCCCUCAAGGCAUACUACAUACAAAGGCUCCCGGACGAUGGCAGAAGAAUACGAGCACAGCCAGUCGAGGCAAGAAAAGGGUCCUGAUUUUCAUAGAGCUGACGAGGACGAUGUAAUACCAUUGCCGGCACCCGCUCGCCGGAAAGCGCCCCUGCGCGCCUUGUCACCAUCGGACAGCGAAGCGGCAAUGGGUGCAGGAGAGCGGGGCCCAACGAAUUGCGACGCUUCCAUCGUUGAUUCCUCAGAAGACGAACGCCCCCAACCUGUCCCGGUCAUUACAAAACCAAAGCGAAGAAGUCGAUGGUCUGGCGAUGGUUCGAGCAGUGACAGUACCGACUAUGAACGUCGCUUCCGCCAAUUGAAAAAGAUGAUGCCUGCAGGCAUGGCGCGCAAGCACAUUCGUGAUCUCAGGGCAAUGAGGCACGGCAAAGCCUAUCAUUCGGACGGGCACGUCUCCUCUUCGUCGUCUGGAAAUGCAGCCGACAAUGGAUCAGCUCGUCGCCACACCGAGCGAGCCCAAGCUGAAUCUGCUGAGACAAUCGAAAUAUCUGACGACCAAGAUUUGCAGCCAGGACAAACGAGAAAAAGGCUUCGUCGCCAUGACAGUCUCGAUGGCAGCAAUGCCUUGCUUAUUGAACCAGACUCUGAUUUGUCUUCCUCUUCAGCGUCUUCAGUAUCCUCACUGUCGCCUGGUCCAACGACUGCGCAGCUGCCCAUUGACGAGAAUAUUUCGAACGGAAACAAAGAGGCGGAAGAGGUGGAUGACUCACCUGCUCCGUGGUGGUCCGCAAACCCUUUAGACUCGUACGUUCCUUAUCGUGAACGAGACGCUAUUGAUCGAAUGCUUAGCCGCACUGGCGGUCGGAAACCAAGCAGUAAAUCAACAGUCCACCGUCGAAAGAGCGUUUCGCAGCAUCGACAGGCUCGGUUGGAUGGCUUUGUUUCCGCUCAUCGACUUCGAGAGCGUGCGACGGGCUCAUCUCGAUCGCAUCUGCGCGAAAUUGAUCAGAACGAACGUCUUGAUCAAGGUAUCACAAUCGAUGUCAGCAACAAAGACGCCCAGCAGCUGCCAAAAAGAAAGAAGAAGCGCAGAAAAACGGACCCAAGAGUCGGCCGGGCGACCAAUUACAGCACUGCAAGAGGUCCCACAGUGCUACGCAAUCCGCCUUUGGUACGACCGCGCGUGCGGCCGCGACUCGAUCUGGAUCAGCACGACGUUCUCUUCGCUGCCAAUCCGACCAGAGCUCGAUUUGCACCACAAGGAAUCAAAAUAGACCAUGUAUCAGGCGACGAGGAUGCAUCUGACGACGAUGGUGAAUGGCAAGUGCUCAGCUGCGUUGUAAAGGACUCGACUCUGGUUCCUCUCCCCGAUGCUCGUCUUGCUGUGCCGCGGACCCGCGCAACUGUAGGCGCACGUCAAGUCUCGUCCUUGUCAACGACGAACGAAGCCGUAUCCUCGCCCAUUCGAGGCCUUCGUACGUCUCCAUCAGCCUCUUCGAACUCUGCCGGCCUGGCUAGGCUCCAUGCAGUGAACGACCGGAGCCCGGGUACGCCAACGCGUCCUCGGCUGGGCAAAUCCUUACAAACGGUCCAAGUCCGCGCCAGCACCAGUCACAAUCCUAACCUGGCCAAAGCCGCCGUAUCCGAUGUCGGGGCAAACGACGUUUGGGAUGACUUUGAAGGCAUCAGCUUGGAUUUUGGUAUGCAUCCUUUCACCGAUGGGCAGAAGCUCAAUGCGGAGGGCUCAUCGCUACUUGCUCGUCUUCCAGAUCUGCUCGCGUUGUCAGACCGACUGCUUCAUCGGGAGCACAUUCCUCGAAUUUGGUUCGGAGACGUUCUGCGUCUUGAAGAAACGACGCUUGACAUCGACAUGGAUCACGAUACGCUGGCCAGCAGACUGCCCUUCUUUGUCGACAAUCUCCGACUUCGGGUCGGCCGAAGCCUGGGAGAAGGUCAGGAUGGAUCGGGUGCCGAUGCGAGGCGAUAUGCGAGGAAUCUCAUCGCAGACACUGGCGUAUUUCUAGGUUGCUGGAUGGUGCGACAGGCCCAAAGGGCCGAGAAUGGACGCACCGACUUUGCAUCCAUUUUUCGCAGCUACCGCACGAUUCUCGAAAGGCUGGAGCAGCUGCAAGCUUCUGCACUUUCUCUGCAUGACUCGACACACUCCUCUAAGGCUUGCCGCGAGGAUCGCAAACGGAUCUGUCUGCAACUGGCGUGGAUGCGCUUCGAGCUAUGUUGGCGAGCCAUGGCCAUCUGUGACUCGGACAUCAACAAUGCUCUCGAACCAGAUGCACCGACAGUGGAGAGCCUGCUGUCUUACGGCCGCACUCUCAUGGCCUUGUUGCUGCACCAUGGACUUCAUCGAUCAAUUCGAAAUGUACGAAAAGCAGCGAUGACCGGCUGCUCCACCACCGACAUUCAUACCUCCUCGCUGAACAUGGUUCUGGACGACGAUGUAGCUCAAUCGAUCGAUGACACUACGGCAAUGUGGCUCGGCGUCAUUCACGCUUUCAGCUCGCUCGAACACAGCCGUGGAAUCGUAGACGGUCGUCUUUUCUGGACUCAAUUCGAGGUAGCCUUCCAGCGUUGGGACGAGUCGAUGCCAAAAAGAGCGCCUCUGUUGCGCUCCGAGAGUCUGUGGUAUUGUCUGUUUGCACUUGGCAGCUUGUCACAAGUCUCAGCGAACGGGCAAACACAAGCUACGCCCUCACUUCGCGAAUGCUGGCCCUUGGUGGCAAGAGCGCUAUCUUACAUUGUCUUUCGGUCAGACGAAAGCAAGGAGAUGGCUAUGGGCUGGCACAUACUAGCUAAACGGGAUGCUUACGUUCGGAUCAUACUGCAACGAUGCUGUCUCCUGGUGUCGGAGUGGCGCUGGACCAUGCAAGGCGCAGAGGUCACACUCGCGCGUCUCUUUGAUAUCUUUAACAGUCACAAGCUCGCCGACUUGCCGACCGAGACGGAGCACGAUUUCGUGGCGUUCCUUCGUGAUUUUGAUGUCGAAAAACUGUCCAUCGCCGAUGUAGCUGAUCGCGAAGCCACGCAGGAUCCGAGCUUUCAUCUGUUCGUAAGACUGCUUGCGCGUGCAGGUCAAGAGCUGCGCGAACAUGCACUCGAUCCAAAGGAUGGCGACCGCCGCAUCUCUCGUCUCUUUUCGAGGAUGACUCCAGUACGAGUUAUGCCGUUCACGCGCUCCGAUGUACCGACAAGCUCGCAGAGAUCCGUGCUGUUCAACCACUACACUGUCGUCAUGCUCUUUUUGCACUUUGUGCCCACCUCUUCACCUCAACGUCUUCGACAAAUUCAGAGCUUCUUGCCAGCUUUCAAGGAUGCCGAUUUUGUUAGUCAAGUCACUUGUAUUCGAGCCAUGAUGUAUGUGGCGGUGAUCUUUCGGCAUCACCGCCUGGAUCUGUGUCCGGUGACCAAGUGGUUUGGCGAAACAAUCAGCGCUCUGCGUCGCGAGUACGAGGAGAUCGAGUCGACCAUCAACCAGUACGAACGCCAUCAAUUGCAGCAGCAGUCCCUACGACAGCGAGGCGCUCAAGCGUCGUCUCGAGCUGAUGCCAUCCGUAUGGCAGCAAUCUUUGAACAUGCACCAGCUCGGCAGGCUGCUCUAAGAAGGAAGGAAGAGGUUACCAGGCUUCUUGUUGUGGCGUUGCGAUCUGUUCAACACGUCAUCCGUCGCGAAGAUUUGUGUGGGGACAAUCAUGGAGUACAGACGUCUGAUCAGCGGCUGCCGGACCAGCUGCUUCUAUCUCCGGCUUGGACGCAGCAGAUGCUCGAAGCGCAGAUCUCACUGGAACCGCGCGUUGGGCAGGAAGUGCUCAAAUGCAUUCAAACAUUUUUGCUGGCACGUAUGCGAGUCCUGCAACCUGCUCUGACAACUGAGGAUCAAGCAAAUACCAAUCACGCCGACGCGAACGACGUAGAGUCAGCGACUUUGCAGCAAAAACAGCACAUGCAGCAAGCACGCGACGAGGAGAGCCAGGACAGCUUUGCAGAGCUUUUCGAAGCCGACGACGAUUUUGACUUUGAGGAUCCUCUCCUUGCGCGUCUGUUGGAUGGAGCUGAUGGAAGCACGGCAUGCGACGCGAGAGGGACGCGGCUUGAAACGCAAGCCAGUGAAGCUGUCUCUGCUGCUGCUGCCGCUGCUGCACUCGAGAAAAAAAGGUGGGAUCGAGAGUUUGGCGAGCUGAUCAAAAGCACUAUCUCGCCUUCGCUCUUCCAGCUUUUGUCGAAUAUCUAUCAUCCGGAUCGGAGAAUGGAAGCUGCCGUCACGGGCUCGGUCGAUAUGAGCCUUGGAGUCACUCAGCGUCUCGACGAGCUACCGGAAGGCGGCAACGGUGCGAACGGGGGAUCGCGUAGUCGAAUGGAUCGACUGCUCAAAACCGCGCAAGCACGGCAGUUUCUGGAACUGGUGGUUGAUUGCUGGGCUGGGUGUGCUCAGGUGCUGGUGACAAACGGGCUCAGAGAGUGGAGCUCGUAUCUUGGAUUCGGAAACGAGUCAUGGAAACGAAUCGACGACGCUAGCGGGCGAAGAGACGUUGGGCUCAGGUUUUUGCAGAAUGUUCUCACUCUCGACGCAGCAGCGGUGCAGCGGCGAGAGUACGAGGUGGAAUUUUUGGCAGUGUGGAUUCAGACGGCGGUGGCUCGCGUGUUGUCGGUACAAGAUGUGUACACACGAUCGUUGAUGGAGGUGGCGAAGAAGGUGAAGCGUGUGCCGAAUACGUUGCUGCCUUUGUUGGCGGUGGAGUGGAGGAGCAUCAUCAGCGGCUCGUCAGCCACUGGAGAAAGGCAAGAUGCGCCAGUAGGCGAGGAUGCACAGGCGGAACUGCACAGCCUAGACCUCGACUCAUUCACACAGCACCGCCAGGCGCUGCUCAGAGCCAUGUACACUGUCCUCGGCUCGACACUCGCCAACAAGACGACUAGCAUAGGAACAGCCUACUCGAUCCUCUCUGCCUUGCUCUCGGCGAUCCGCGCUUAUGUUGACGAUACACACCUGGACAGCAGCAGCAGCAGCAGCGGCACGAGCUCCAGCUCGAGUCCGCUAGCGUACCUCUCGUUCUGCAGGUCAACGCUCGACGAUCUACACGCAGCGCUCGCUGCGUCAGGCGUGAUCAGCUUGCUGCACGCCGAGUAUGCCGCGGCCAUCGCGCGGCUCAGUGCCAAGCUGGACAACUCGCCCAACAUCGAGAGUGAGGCGUGA